AUGCAGCCUUUGAAAGAUGUCGGAACCCCUGUGGAACUGCGCAACGAGCUGCCGAUCUUCAUAGCCCUCGCGACUGUCGCCUUACGCUUUCACCGUCCAAUCGCGCCGGAAAAGCCAAAUCUUCCGAAAGACAAACUGCUCCGAACUCUACAGCAUAUUACCACCCUUCUUACCAUCGGGACUCCGAAAGUAAGCGGCUCUUUCAAAGAUACCUUCGCUGCUCGCGGCAUCGCUCUCACGGCAAACAUCAACUCUGAAGUAAUCGAGUCACUCGUUCUUGUGAGUCAGAAUACGACAUCUGCACUCUCUCCAGAGGCGACCGAGAUCAAGUCUCUGCAAACAGCUCGCAUUUUCGCCAUUCUUGAGCUAUUUCGCGUAGACAAACCCAGGUUGCAAAUUCCCGACUGUAGUCGCGUCUUCCUGGAUCGCUGUGAACGUUUUCACCUGUACAUCGUGAACCACGCUUAUCCCAAGAUCGCCGUCCGCAUUCUCAUGAGUAACAGAACCUGGAAAAGGCACCCCAUGGACGUCCUCGCUGCCUACCCUCUCGACAGCUUCCGCAAAGGACUUUCUUUUCCGAGGAAGCUCAAGGUCGACAAAACCGGGGUGACUUGGCUUCGCAACAAAUAUGACAUCCAUCCCCAGACGGUAUCUGCGAAUAGCACCGCCUCAGGCUCAUACGUCUCUUACCAGGUUACCCGCGACAACGUUGGAAGAUGGAUCGCAGCCCUCACGGAUACAUUCUCGGGCCUGAGGGAGGCCUUGACCACGAAGGGUAGGUUUAGAAACUCGCUUACCUUGCAGGAUGUGGUGAAAGUUGUGCACUACUUGAUGUUGUUUCGUGUCUUGUUAAAAUGUGAAAGCGUCGAUUUUCUACUGUCGGAUGGAUUGUGGGAGAUGACCGCGGCCAGGCCGGGCGAUCUUGGACUUAGCUCUACCGAACUUUGCAGCAUGAUCCGCCCUGUUGAUUGUGCGAAUGGUGAACGUGUAAUAGGCGGUACAGAUGCAGGGAACGUGGGUCCUGGCGGCGACAGGGUAGCGGAGGAGGCGCCGGAGAAUGAAGAAGAGACGCUGGAGGAUGCGCGGGAUAACGACGAGCAAAACGAUGGUUAUGUCGGCGCUCGAGGCACUGCAACCUGUCAAGCGCGUAUUCUGAUGAUUAUCUCUCCGCCCAUCCUCUCCCGCUCCCUGUCCAUGCAUAUCUUAUCACCACCCCUCGUCCUUCAUUCCCGCCCCUCGAUAACGCACUUGCCAACUUUAAAAGCUGAGGCCGCAGCGUUCCUUGAGACUGACUUCAAGUUGGGAUCAUGGUCUGUGACUGACGCUUCGGUGCACGCAGAAGCACUCAUGAUGGGCCUCGCACGUACUUUCUGUUCGCCAUCCGCAGCGGAGAGCUCUUCAUUGGAUGUCAGCGCGGAGACUCGACCUGCGCUUGUCAGAGUAUUUCAAACAGAUAAGACUCCGAUCGCCGUCAGCAAGAAGUGUUGUUGGUGCUGUUGGCAGCUGUACCGCUACUUACUUUCUGACGACCAGCAUGAGUCGGACCCGCCACAGAGCCCUCACCCGCCGGUCAAAGGUCCUCCGAACAUCAUCUUAUCCGAAAGUCACUCGACAAUCCAUCCAUGGUAUCCGCCUCCUGUCGGAGUUCCCCUACAGUUUUUGGAAUCGCUGGCGGAGAGAUUGCAGGAUAUAUUGGUCGGUAUACUCAAGCAGGCCUCGAAAUUGUCGGGUGAGAUCUCCGUGCAGUCCACCACUUGCAGCACCGACGAGAGCGAGCAUCCACAGGGCGUGAACUGGAUACGAUGA